CUUUCAUCAACAUUAUUGGCAUUCUUUGCCCUGUAAUCACAGCAGCCACCUAUGGCAGCCCGUCCUUGGUCCUCGGCUCGCCUCGCCAGUCCAGCUUAGCUAUGGCUGGCGAAUCCCAUCCUCCGAGUCUCGCGCCGCUCAAAGGCUGCAAGCCGCACGCCUGCGCGAUUCAGUCGUGUCUGAAGAAGAACGAGUACCAGCCCAGCAGGUGUACCUCCCCCAUUCGUCGCCUGCACGAGUGCUGCAUGAAGUUGCAAGCCGCCGGCGCAACCUCUCCGCACUGCGCUGCUGUGGAUGCGCACUUGCCGCGGAAAGACAAGGCGGACAGGGAGGGGGAGCCAGCGGAGGGGCUGGGGAAGGGGUGCGGAGGGGUAAAGGGAGAUGGCGGAAGAAAGUAGGCAGUCUGAAGGGCAUUUCUAAAAUCAAGAUAUUGUACCAAUUUAUACUAGGUAUUGAAGCCUAGGUACUCUGUGGUACGUACUAGUGAGCAAUUGUUCCCUGAUGUUCGCCUCCUGGUAGAGGAUGC